UUCACCAAAAAAAAACUUAAUGUUUUUUGUUAAAACAAAAAUUACACUAGAAAUUUUUCAAAAAUUUUGAUUUUUUAUGGCAAAAAAAUUUUGGACAGAUAAAAUUAACAAAAAAAUUAACAAAAAAAUCAACAAAAAAUUUUCUCCUCUUGACUCGCGCGGGAUUCGAACACCCGACCUCCGGCGCACCAAUCUGCAACCUACACACCCUAACCACCCCAUCUGUUUGUUGGGGGUGAGCCGUUUGCGAGAUAUAAGGGUUUACACAAAUUUCUGCUUAUCCAUAACGUUGAAACACACUUAAACGUUCAUAUCUCGUAAACGGCUGAAUCGAUUUCGACCAAAUUAAAAAUUUCUCUAGUUCAGUAUCAAAGCAAUAUUUUGCCAUCAUCAGUUUCGACUUAAAGUUCGGAGCUUUUGAGUUCAGCCCGGCACAAAUUUAUACAUAAAUUGAUAUAUAGGUAUUAGUAUCCAGACUUGUCAACUGUUGAACGGGUUAAUUUUACUAUACAAGUGGACUGACCAACUUGUCAACUAUAGUUGACAAGUCAUGGGUUAAUUUUACUAUACAAGUCAACUAUGAGUUUUCAGAAACUUCCACCAGAGGGCGCAUGGCUUAGAAAUCAAGGCGCGAGGACGAACGCAGGGUCUACAGUUGAUUUGUAGUGAGUAGAAUGUGAUGUGCUGGUGGAGAUGUAUGCAAAUACAUCGAUCCUGAGUGUACACGACAACAAAUUUGACUCGAAAUAUUUCAGUAUUUUAUUGGCCCAUUGAAAAAUUAGAAACAUCAAAAAUUUUUAUUUUGUUUAAGCUUUCUUGUGGUGUCUUAACUUUCUCAAAAUUCAAAUUACUUUGACUCCAUUUUCAAAAAUUUUCUUCAAAAUUCAGCCUAAAAAUCUGAUUACUUUUUUCAAAACAUAGAUUUUUUAAAUAUUAGAUUGAAUCUGUAAAUAAAAUUUUGAUAAGUGAUUUAGAACAGAAAUUAUACCAAUUUUAAAAUUUUGUUCACUUUUCUGCAUAUAUGCCAAGCAUAGUUGACAUGUCUGGUCGCGAGCAAAUAUAUAUAUACAUGUAAAAACCAUACAUUACGAGAUCCGUUUUAUAUAAAAUCGGGCAUUGCGAGAUCCUGAGAUCCUUUUGCCGGAUCUCGCAAGUUCUCUCAUAUGCCAUGGUACUCGUGAGAUCCGGGGGACCCUGUACACACAUUUUCAGCCGGAUCUCGUUUUGCCUACUAUUCAUAUACUUAUAUAUGCCCAAAUUUCCUGACAUGUGGACCACUCGAGAUUCCUAAAAUAAAUUUUUUUGAAAAAAAAUUGGAAAAUUUCCGAACUGAUUUAAAUUUUGAGUGAAUAUUUAUAUCAUAAUAGCCUGACUCUCAUCAAAAUGUUUGAUUAUAAUAAUUCUGCCAUGGAGCAAUAAAAUACAGAUAAAUCACAAGUAAAUUUUUUUGUCUUGUACACACAAUUUUUGUAUGAUUACACGUACCUCAAGCACUGUUUCCCAUUCUACAGGCUACACAUUAAUUGUAGACUCGACGUUCAUCUCCGCGACUCGAUUUUUAAACCGUGCGCCACCUAGCGGAAGUUGAUGAAAUGGGGUGGGCCACUUUGUAUGUAGCCUAUACAUUUGACAAUUUGGCCCUGGGCCACAUUGUCGACUGGGCCAGAUGUUAUGUAAGAUUUACACGUAGCAUGGGCCACAUGGAAGGAAAUCUAAACCUAUAUACAAUUUUUGAAAAUAGAUAAACGACGCAUCUUGCGAGAUCCACCCCCAAAUCAGGUUUAGGCCAUUGGUGGAUCUCGGUUUAUGCGGAUCGCGAAACUGAUGGCGGCAAUGCAUAGAAAGGCACUGUUUACACACUAGAACAUGCGUUCGAACGAAGUUGUAGGGUUAUUAUUUGAGUUUUUAGCAUUUUUCGAAAUUUUUUGGGGUGGAUCUCGCAAUGCCUGUGUAUAUGUCGGAUCUCGCAAUGUACUAUAAGACAGUAUAUAUAAAUAAAUAAAUAAAUAUUCUAGGGGGUAAACUCGUAACUUUUUUAUAGAUUAACCAGCAAACUCAUAACGUUUUGACAAACUCGUAACCUUUUUAGGACGUGACUUUUCGAUGAGGUGCCAUAUGAAUCUACAAGGUGUGGGGAGUCUACUGGCAAAGUUUGAGCAGGGACGUGAGAUUGCCGUUUAUACACUUUCUCUUUUGACUCAAUUUUCAAAUGAGUGCAUAGCCUAAGUAUUAUGUACAAGGACAUGAGGAAAAGGUGUUUAUUGCCAAGAAUCAUUUUUUACGUUUUUUACGUUCUUUUUGGUGAUUCUGGUGGUUGAAGAUGUCCUCUUUCACAUGGCGUGGUCAAAAAUCGUCUAAAAUAAAUUUUUGACUGCUCAAUUUUAAUUUAGAGUUGAUUAUACAGGUCCGAAUUUUCGUGUUUUUCAGUCUAAACAGUGAUUUUAUGGGAAAAGUAUGCAUCCUAGGAAAAAAAUGCAAUGAAGGAAAUUGUAGAGAAUAAAAUUUUCUUUCUGCUCAGAGCUGGUUAUUUUUCUGUGGGAUGCUUUGUUAAAAAGCUAUUUGCGAAAAACAGAGACGUAAGGGACUUUUAAAAAAAAGCUUUUCUGAAAAAUUGAUGUUUCGGCAAUGAGAUACCUCUCCACAGGUCACCCAAAAAUCAAGUUAACGAAUAUAACGCGGCCUAGCAUCGAGUACUAUCAGGCCUAUGGGGUGACGCGUCGAGCGCAUGCACAGCAACGAAGUUAUGGAGGGGUCUUGAGAUUGCUGUUUAUACAAAACGUUACGAGUUUGCCUGUAUGCGGCUAUAUAUAAAUAAAUAUAUAAAUAUGUAUAUAUAUAGAUUUAAACUUAGUCAUUGAGGUGCCCGUUUUAAGUAUACGUAGUCAUUGUGGUGCCCGGUUUUGGGCUUGUGGCGCCCAAAUCGGGCACCACAAGGUCUUUUUAUAUAAAACGAUGUAGAAUUUCAUGAAAUGCACUCUAAGGUGAAAAAAAAAUUUUUGAGGCAGGCACCACAAGUACCAAGUUUAUAUAACGGGCACCACUAUGACUAAAAACCCUAAAAAAAAUAAACUGCUUUAAAACACCUUUAUCAUACAUAUAUAUAUGAUCCUCUAUGUACGCGGGCACCACAAUUACCAUAAAAGACCCGGGCACCACAAGGUACUAGGUACGUGUAUUCAUAAACUUAUCUCGUUUUGCGCCAUACGUCUUAUCGUGAUCAGCACACUCCGAAACGUCAAGAAAAUCCACCCCCACCCAAUUCUUGAACCAUCAUGACAAAUACAAUACCUUGACUUUCCGUUUCACGGCAAAGUCGGUAAAAUUGCGUACAAAAAACUGAUAAGUACACCUAAUAAGCUUUUGCAAACUUUGGUGAUAUUUAAAUUAAAAAUGCACAAAACAUUUUUGAAACGAGUUAAAAGUGACAUUAAAAAGCACUAAAUUCAUUCGAAAAUUCAAAAUUACCAGAAACUGAUGAAAUUUCAGCAACAUUUGGUAAAAUUGAGUUAAAACUGUACAAAACAUCGUUCAAACAUGUCAAAAUUCACCACAUUCACAUAGAACACUUUUUAAACAAAUUAAAAUCAUUCAAAAUUCGCUAGAAGUAAAAACUGAUGAUUGAUGAAGUCACGUUGAAAAUAUCAGAUUGGAAUCGUUUAUGGUCAUUUUAAAAAUGACUGUGAAGUGACUCUCGUGCGAAUUUAGCCCUUCAUUUUUCAGGAAGGAACUUUACCUACCUUUUAAACAUUUCAAGAGGGGUGAAAAAUACGGCACGCAUGCAGUAAAAGUGAAGAAAAAACAUUACCUACACAUUACAUCCAUUGCAUAGGUAGGUAUGGUAGGUAGUCAAUGUAUGAGUCAUUAUCUCGUUGAAUUACUUACCUGCGUGUAUGGCUUUUUAUCGUUGUAAUGAACACACGCAAAUAAGUGAACUUAACUUACCUACCUUAUUUGAGUUGAGUCAUAAGUCUAAUUAUAAUUUUAUGAAAAUUGUAAACUGUGUGUGUAAUUUUUCCAGAAAUCUUAUUUCUGGUAAAAUUAUCUCAUCAGAUCUCUCGAACAGAAAAUAAAGCUUCUAAAAUGAAUAUGUACCUAUACUUAAUUUCUAUAUCUUAUUAAAUAUUUGACCAAAGUAAACCCUGAAUUACCAUCUUAGAUAGGUAUAUUUUGUCAACAAGUCAUCGAUCCAUUUGAUCAGUAAGUAAACACUCGAUCACCAAAUUUAAAACAGCUGUUUUUUAGCUUGCAUUUUGUUCGUUCCUUAAUACCAACUAGGGCAACCUAUAACCAAAAGCCAAAAGCUCUCUCCCUGUUAUUCAUCCAAGCAACAAAGUUUGAUCAAUAAUCACGAACCAAAGCUUCUACAGAUACUUUUCGUGCUAAAAAUAUACUCUAAAAAGUUUCACGAUACCUAACCGGUUUUCUCUCAACACAUGGAAUAUUUUUCACGAAUUUAUUUUGAUUUUUAUUUUACGCGACUGAAGAUGAGUUAGGUACCUAUAAUUAGUGAUUUUCAUGUACCAUAAAUCAUCGAUUAUUUUCGUCGGAUUAAUGAUUUUCAAAGAAGAUGGAAUCAGAUGAUAAUGAAGUGGAUACUCAUUCGGGCGGCUCUGAAAAUCGUAGCUAUAUCGACGAAACGAACGAGGUACUAAUAAAAGAAUUCGAAUUAAGUCCGGAAAGUUCCAGUUACAGCGACACAUCGGGAGAUGAAAACGAUGCAGCUGUUAAGAAAGAAAAGAAAACCACCAACGAAAUUUCAUCCAUUUACGGACACGUACAAAAAUUAAUACGUUAUUUAAAGACAGGUAAUCAAACAGCGACUAUAAUGGCUUUAUCGUGCUUGAAAGAUGAAGAUCUUGAAUCUGAUACCGUUCAAGAAGCGAUUAAAAAUACCGAAGGGUUACAAAUAUUAGUCAAUUUGCUAGAAACAAAUCAUCGUAAAUGCAAAAUCGCUACGUUACUGAUUUUGAAAAAUAUCACGAUCAAUCCCGAUAUUGCGAAAAGUAUCACAGAUCUAGGAGCAGUACCAGAUAUCAUCGUUAUUUUAGACGACGAUUUAUCCACGUUGCAAAAAUUAGCAGCUGAAAUAAUUUCCAACAUAUCUAAAUUCAAAAAACCUCGUAAAAUAGUUCGCAAAACUGGCGGAUUACCAAAAUUAAUUAAUUUGUUAAAUGUUCCCGAACACGUGUUGAAAACGAAUAAACAAGAUUUAAAUAUGAAAGAUCAAGAAAUCGUUGACGUAGUAUGUGCCACGUGCACUGCGUUGUGGGCUGUUUCCCAAUCGUUUAAAAGUAAAAUAGAAAUUUAUAAAUUGAACGCUGUGAAAUAUUUUGGAAAAUUGCUUCAAAGUUGUCACGAACAGAUUAUUAUAGCUACGUUGGGAGCCAUAACCCAAUGUGCAACUCUGGCAGAUUUUCAAAUCGCUUUGCAAAAAGAAGGAUUAAUAGAAGAUAUCGUCAAGUAUUUAUCGAAUGAAAACGACGAAAUUAAAAAAUAUUGCGCCAUCGUUAUAUUCAAAUGCGCUGAAAACCACGUUACGAGCAACAUGGUGAGACAAUACGGCGGUCUAGACCCUUUGGUGGCUCUAUUAACUAACGAAAAAGUACGAAAAAAUAAAAUUCUUCUAGCUUCGGUGACCGGAGCUGUAUGGAAAUGUUCUAGUAAUACGGAAAACAUACGAAGGUUAGAUGAAUUAGAUACGGUCACAAUUCUCAUACAACUUUUGAGCUAUGAAAACGAAGAAGUGUUAACAAAUACAGCUGGUGCUAUCGCGGAAUGUGCCAGAUUACAGCAUAAUCACGAAACGAUUUUAAAAGCCGAAGGGAUACCGGCUAUUGUGAAUUUAUUGAACUACACGUUCGAAAACUUAUUGGAAAAUGUUGCUAAGAUUUUGGCACAGUGUGCUGAAAAUGCGGAUUGUAUUAGACAAAUUGUACAGAAUGAUGGUAUACGAUUGCUGUGGUCUUUGUUGAGGAGUUCGUCGCCUCGAGUUCAAGCUAGUGCUGCGUGGGCUCUUGUACCAUGUAUACAAAAUGCUAAAGAUUCGGCUGAAAUGAUACGUAGCUUUGCUGGUGGACUAGAGCUAUUGGUUAGUUUACUGGAAUCGAAUGAUAUUGGAGUUCUGUCCUGUGUUUGUGCUACAAUAGCAGAAGUGGCUCGAAAUGAGGAGAAUUUAGCUGUAAUUACUGAUUUAGGAGUUGUGAACUAUUUAGCCAAAUUAGUUCCGACGAAUAACGAAAAGCUUCGAGAACACCUUUCAACAGCAAUUGCCAAUUGUUGUACGUGGAAAAAGAAUUGUUACCAUUUCGGCCAACUUCACGCUGUGAAACCUUUAGUUUCGUACAUGACUUCAAAAAAUAUCAAUGUCCAGCGAGCAACAGCCUUGGCCUUACAUAAAUUAUCAUCGGAUCCUUACAACUGCAUAACUUUGCAUCGAAAUGGAAUUGUGAAACUUUUAUUACAAGCUAUUGCAUCUAAAGAUGAACGUCUGCAAGAAUCGUCUGCAAAGUGCCUGAGUAACAUUAGGAAUCUGGCGUUGAAACUCAGUAGUACUGAUCAUUUUUAGAGAAAAUAGGAUGAAUGAAACAGUCAUGUUUAUUUUUUGUAUUGGUAGCUUUGAAUGUUACAAAUUAUUCGAGCGUUUAUAAUACCUACUUCUUUAAAAUUGGAGUCCUUUCCUCCCUCAUUCCCUUC